UAAGUCCAGCCAUUGUAAAGAAGGAAAAUACAGCGAUGGAUGUAUGUAAAGAAAAGAAAGCAGCAGCAAGUAUGUCUAAGGAAUGUGAUGUGAAACAGUCUGCCAGCCAUGGUGUACAGUGUGAUGGUAAUAUGACUGAAUUCAAGACAGAAUCCAUUGUGGGAACUCCAAAGUCUGCUAACCGAGGCCAUGUUGGUGCACAGGAGGUGAGGGGAUCACAGGCAGCAGGUGUGCAGCUCCACUCUCCAGCACAGAGGCAGAGGAGGACAUCACUGGAGAGACAGACAUUACAGGAGAACCUACAGCAACAAGAGGUGGUCUCCAGCAUGACCCGCUCAGGCCGCACAAGAUCCCAGGCCGGAGGUAAGAGCCACAAUACUGACAAGUCUAUGGAGGUGACACCUGGGAAAUCUGUGGAGAAAUAUGAAAGUGUUUGCAAAACUGUUCCUGCCCCGGACCCUAAUGUAUGUGACCGGGCCUCAGGAGAUACAAGCAGCCAAGGCUCCUCUGUGUUCACCCAGCCUGAGAGACUGUCCAGACCCCUCCAGCAGGGCAAAGAGACCACCCGGGCACCAGAGCUACAGCUGGCGGAGGAGAUCCCAGCACUGGUGAGGAGGAUGGAGGAGCUGAAGCACCUAAAAUAUAUGCUGCAAAUGCAGAUAGACUGUGUAUAUAAACUGAAGACAGCAAAUCCACAAUACAAGACAAUGCAUGAUGAUAAACUGUAUACACUGAGCACAGAGCUGGCCACCAUAGUGAGCGAGAUGGACUCUAUACUGGAGAGGAUGGGACCUUUGGCGGAAUCCUAUAGGAACAAGGAGCGCUUUUCACAGUACCAGCUGAGUUUUGGUGCAGAGCCCAGAUCGGAUGUGGCACCUGUCAUCACCCCAGAUGAGCCCCAGGAGGUGACAAGACCCCUUAUAAAACCCCCAAGUUUCACCUUCAAGGAUCGGCAUGUUCAUAAGCCCGAGGAGCAGCAACCUCAGAGACCUGCAGCUGUUCCGGAGCCUGCAACUCACUUACCUGCAGAGGCACUACAAGUCCCAGAAGUCCCAGUGCAUCAGGAGGACAGUGGACAUUUGCCGGUGUAUGAAGGUGAUGGGGUGAUGGAGCAGAGCUCUAAUGUUGGGGCACGGACUGGGGGUGAGGACUGUGGUGAUGUUGGGACACGGACUGAGGGUGCGGACUUUGAUGUUCCUGAGGGGUCGGUGGCUGGAGGGGGUGCACAAUCUGUGUGGGGUGUUGUGUCUGAUGAUGAUAUAGAGGUGGAUGGGACAGGGGAUGUUGUACACAAUACUGUGCAGGAUUUCCCCCCUUUACCUACAAGCACAGCAGCUGUGGCAGGGCCCCCUAGAGUAGACCCCAACCCUGUAAGACAGGACGCAGGUACCCGCCAGGUUCCUCCUAGAAAUGCCUGGAGCCGUGGUGCUCCAUCAUUCACCUCCAGCGCCAAUUACACUGGCCAGGCAUUUAAAAGGAGGAAUGUUGUGCGAUUUCGGCACAGAGGUGCCAAGGAGGACCUUCCAGAUAGGAGGUUUGUGGUGAGGGAGCUCCUGUGCCACCAGAUGGGGUUUGUGCCAGCGGACAUCUUGGCUGUAAUAAACCUACCAGAUAGACAGGGCUAUGAUGUCAGCUUUAAGCUCAUGUCUAAUCUGGAUAGGUUCUGGUACGAGGUCCUGUCAGAGUCCGAGGGAGAUUUGGACACUGAGAUAAAAAGAAUAGAGGGUGAAUGUGAUGUUGACACCAGGGACCAACCCCCAAUAAAAAGAAAACCGCAGAGUGUGAAAGAUAACCCAGCACUAAGGGACUGUACAUCCGCCAUUUUACGAGACAGUCUGAGGCUUCUAAACAGUGUGCGGCUCCCGAAAAAAUUCCAUGAUAUUGCCUGGCUGUCACUGCAUGGGAAACUGUUUAUCUCAGCUGUAUUCUGCACACAGUCAGGGCAAGUUAACCAGUUCCUGGAUGUAAACAAGUACGAUAAUAUUCAGCAAGCAGAGAUCUUACAAGAAGGAGGGAAACUGAAGAGCAAAGUGGAUGAAAAUGUCUCAGAACUUCUCACUGCAGCGGAAUGA